AUGAAUUCGAAUGAUGAACAACAUUUUUUAUCUGGCAAACGUAUUGUCAUUGCGGGUGCUGGCAUUGGUGAUGCAAUCGGACGAGAAGGAUAUUCACUUUCACUUCGUGGAGAUCCACCUAGUGAAGGAAUACAAACAUUACAAAAACUUGGAAUUCUUCAAGAAAUGAUUGAUGAAAGUAAUCCUGGUUCAUAUUUUACACUUUUUAAUUAUGAUUUUUCAUCAUUAAUGGAGAUGCGAUCACCACCUAUCGAAGGUUUAUCUCAAUCAAGCAUAGGAAUUUCACGUUCAAAAUUACGUGAAAUUCUACUAAAAAAUGUUCAUUCAUCUAUUUCUAUAAAUUGGAAUUGUGCAGUUACAUCUGCUGAUGAACUUGACAAUGGACAAGUUUCAAUUAAUUUAUCAAAUGGAAGUAAAGAUCAAUGUGAUCUAUUAAUUGUUGCUGAUGGUUCUAAUAGUAUUAUUCGAAAAUGUCUUCGACCAGAACAUGUACUUAAUUUUGCUGGUGCUGUUUGUAUUACAGCACGUACUCAUGCUUUAGAUCAAUUUCCAGCACCUUUAGAUAAAACAUGGGGAGGUGCUAUUGGAGGAGAUGGUCAUUUUCUAUUCGUUGCACCUUCUGAUCGAACAAGUGCUUUUUGGAGUGUUAGUUAUUUAACAGAUAAGCUUCGCCCAGCUAAACCUGCUGGAACAAUGAUGGAACAAGAAAUUGAUGAAGUUUUAGAUGAAGCUAAACAACGUACUAAAGUAUUUACUGAACCAAUAGGAACAUUAAUAAAAGAAACAUUACGUAGUAGUGUUGCUAUUUUUAAUGCUAAAGAUCUAGUUCCUUUUCGAAAUCAUGGUUCAGUUAUUUUUAUUGGUGAUGCUCAACACGCAAUGAGUCCAUUUGCUGGUAAUGGAGCAAAUAUGUCUAUAAUGGAUGGAUAUCAACUAGCAGAUCAAUUAGUUCAUUCGAAAGAUUUAAAUACAGCAAUCCGUUCUUAUGAUGAUUUAACUAUUCCAAGAUCAACAACGGCUAUUAACAUAAGUCAUCGAAGUAUUGCUAUGGGUCAUUCACAAGGAAUAUGGAACUAUAUGUAUGUUGGAAUACUUAAAGUAAUGUCAUGGUAUUUUGGUUAUACCUCAAAAAAAAUCCAUAAUUAA